AUGUCUUCGGAUCUUGAAACCGUUCGCAGGAUGAACAUAGAGGGUGCUAUCUCUCCUGGAGCAUCCAUACGUAUAUGUACCAAUGACGUCUCUGCAACCGGGACCCUGAUAGCUGCUGUGGCAGCGUCGCCGGUGCUACUCGCCGUCCCGGAGGAUCCGAUUAGUCGCACACCGUCGACGUCUCGAAGGAAUCCACCGUCUCUCGAAUCUCGAUCAAGAACCGCGUCGUCGACUAGACCUGCUGCCGAUGUGGAAGUCGAUGUCGUCCCUCUAGGUCCGGAGACUGUCAGUCCGAACGUUUAUGUAACUUCAGCUCGGCCGGAAGAGAUUGCAGAGCAUGGCGGCCAAGUCCUCCCGCCACCAGCACGAGGGCGACUAAGGCGGUGGCUGAGAAACAACAGCGUGAUCGUAGCUGGACGUCGACUGCGUUCGAGUAUAACCAAUAGCCAUGUCGGUCGCAUCUUACACGCACAUCGAACAGCGGCUGUCAAUUCUACCAUUGCUAAUCCCCGGGCUGCUCUAACUACAACACUGGCCGUCGAGAUCCCGAUUACGCUGCCACCUAGCGUUCGAACUUCCCGUUCUCCAUCACCGCCGCUGCAAGCGGUCUCGCAACUUGCGCCUGAAGCUCCGCGGACAGACCUACCAGCGCGUCUAAGUGCACGUCCAUCUCCUACAGCACCAUCGUUCGGCAACCCGUCCCAACGAGACGCUGAUCCUUACACUUAUCCGCUUUCACCCGGGGCCAGCACUCUCCCUACCGAUUUUGAACGGGCUCCGCUGGCGCAGCAGACCCCGGCUGAGCGCAGUACGGUGUCACGAUGCGAAUGCAGCCCAAACUGCCAUUGCAUGCGACGAGACGCAUCUCAAACCUCUGAGCAGUCUCAAGGGCUGCCAACCUCUUCUACACCUGAUGAAAAUAACAGCGACUCAGGAGCAAGGCAUGUUCCCCAGGAUCUAGCAGAUUUUCCUCACGAUACUCGGGGGAUUGGUGACCGCUUUGUCGAUCCGAGAAGCCAGCGUUCGCGAUACUUUUACGGUGAAUUGCCCAUGACUGACGGUAGCGAGAGAAACUCCAGUCUGAGACUUCGAGACCCCAACCGCGAGAGCGGCGCCACGUUUUCGAGUCAAGCAACGACGGCGUACAGCGCCGAUCCACUUCCAGGCGUGCCAGCAGUAGCAACAGCCUCGCCAUCGCCACUUGGACUGUCUCUUGUGACGCAGAACCUUCCACCAGCAGCUCCCACAAAUCAGACAAAUGGCGGCUUGAUCGACGGUGGGCGUACACCCACAGGUCCUGACAGCAUCGAUUCAAACCGUACCCCUACAACUGCCGUUCGUGCUAAUGGCGCGCUCUCGGACUCUGUGCAUGGGCCGGUGCCCAAUAGUUUUUCGGCUCUCGAAGACCAUAACGACCUGCCGGAUCACGAGCCGAGCACAAGCGAAAUUCCAUCUCCCACCGAGCCGACAAGAGACUGA